AUGUUAGAAGUCAGAUUCCGGGUUACAGACAUAAGGUUUCGGGGCAUAGAGUGUAGGGGUUUGGGUUUAGUGUAUAGGAGUAAGAUUCCAGGUUAUAGACAUAAGGUGAGUGCAUUAAGUACAUUAAAUGAUGAUGAUGAUGUGUCUGAUGGAAAGAGUUUAUAUUCGUCAGACGAAGAAAAUAUAAACAAGACACAUGGUCGUUUGAAGACAGUACAAGGAAAUGGAACAAAUGUUCCAACAACAUCACAUAAGGGGUUGAAUGAUGAUGAUGAUGGUGAUGAUGUGAGCACAUUGCUGGGUUCGAUAGACAACGAAUUGUUAGAACAUUCACUAUCAGGACAAACUCCAUGUUCAGCGAAAGGAAGAGAAAAUAGUUCUAAAGGACUUGGAACAAAAAUAAAAGACUGUUGUAAAAAAUUAAAACAUUAUAAAAAUAAAAAUAAAAUACUACUAAUUAUUAUAUUGAUCACUCUUGCCCUCUAUCCAUUAACACUGUCUUAUGCGAGUAGGGCGGUGUACCUCCUGUUCCAGACUGUGACAUCUGACAAUAUUCACUACAUUAUUCUGGUUGUCACUACAAUUAUGGGCUUAAUAUAUUUUGGCAUACUUUUCUGGUUUUAUCGUUCCAAAGCUUGGAUUAAAUGUAUUACGCAAAAUGCUGAAAUACGAAAAUGUCUGCGAGAAGAAAUUCAAAGAGCACAACAGACCACCUAA